CUCGCGGACGCCGCGGCCGGAGCGAUGCAACUACCAGCGGUGCGGCUGGUGAGGUUAGGCCAGGUGCCCUACGCCGAACUGCUGGCGCUGCAGGAGCGCUGGCUGCGGCGGCUGCAGGCCGAGUCAGGGACCAAGGCGGGCGUGCUCUUGCUCUGCGAGCCUGCGGGGCCCGUAUACACCGCCGGGCUGCGCGGCGGUCUGACGUCCGAGGAGGCGGCGCGGCUGCGGGCCUUGGGCGCCGAAGUGCGCGCCACUGGUCGUGGCGGCCUAGCCACCUUCCAUGGCCCGGGCCAGUUGCUCUGCCACCCGGUACUCGACCUCCGACCCCUUGGCCUGCGACUGCGGACCCACGUGGCAGCGCUGGAGGCGUGGGCGGUGCGCCUGUGCGAGCUCCAGGGCCUACCCGGCGCCCGCGCUCGGCCCCCUCCCUACACCGGCGUCUGGCUGGGAGAGCGGAAGAUCUGCGCGAUUGGAGUCCGCUGCGGAAGGCACAUCACCUCCCACGGCCUGGCCCUGAACUGUUCCACGGACCUCACGUGGUUUGAGCACAUUGUGCCCUGUGGGCUGGUUGGGACAGGCGUCACUUCCCUGAGUCAGGAACUACAGAGGCAUGUCACUGUGGAUGAAGUCAUACCAUCUUUCCUUGAGGCCUUUAAGGAGACUUACAAGUGCAUGUUGAUCUCAGAGGACAGCCCCAACUGAAGGGCGUUUGUGUUAGUACAGCUUGGAGGUCCUGCCUUAUUUCCAAGGCACCACACCUGACCUGCAGGCCCUGAAACCCGGAUUCUAGACCUGGCCCCAUCGUUCGCUCACCAUGAGCCUGUGGGCAAAUCAGAAGCUCUGAGCCGUUUUUUCCAUAUGUAUCCGGGUUUAUUUAUAUCUUCCCCCCUAUCUCAGGUAUAAAUAUGAAAACAUGGUGAAAUGCAACACGUGCUAUAUAAAUAGAAGGUGUUAGCACUACUAUUGACACCAUUUUCUUGGCUUAGAAAAGCUCAGGUGCCAUAGGGUGUCAUUUCUCAAAUAUCUGUUACUUUUUCAAUACUGUAUUUAAUUGGGGAAGUCUGGGCUCCAGUUCCUCUGACUUUUGUGAGACUCGUAUCUCUGGAUCAUCCAGAUGAAGGUGAUGUGAUGUACUUUUUCAUUCUCAGGAGACCUGAGUGCUUUCUGCAACAAAAAUAAAAGUCCUCUGAAAAAAUAAAAUGGUAUCCUGUC